ACUUCUGUCUUAGCUGAAACAAGCAGAAUCCAUGCUAAAGGUAAACAAACUGCAACUUAUAUCUGCAAUUUAUUUUGGUAUAGAGGAGAGGUAUGCCAGUAGCACAGUGGUGGCUUCAGAAGAAAUCCUCAACACCUAGCUCACCAGAGAGUCUACGUAUGGGAUUGAACAAUCUGUAAACUAAAGGAUGAAAAAUUGUAUGAAAAUAAGUAUGAUAAAUUAUAAGUCGCUAUUGGCACUGUUGUUUAUAUUAGCCUCCUGGAUCACUUUUACAGUUUUCCAGAACUCCACAAAGCUUUGGUCUGCUUUAAACUUAUCCAUCUCCCUCCAUUACUGGAACAACUCCACAAAGUCCUUAUUCCCUAAAACACCACUGAUAUCAUUAAAGCCACUAACAGAGACUGAACUCAGAAUAAAGGAAAUCAUAGAGAAACUAGACCAGCAGAUCCCACCCAGACCUUUCACCCAUGUGAACACCACCACCAGCGCCACACACAGCACAGUCACCAUCCUCAACCCUCGAGAUAUGUACUGCAGGGGAGACCAGCUGCACAUCCUGCUGGAGGUGAGGGACCACUUGGGACGCAGGAAGCAAUAUGGCGGGGAUUUCCUGAGGGCCAGGAUGUCCUCCCCAGCAUUGAUGGCAGGUGCUUCAGGAAAGGUGACUGACUUCAACAACGGCACCUACCUGGUCAGCUUCACUCUGUUCUGGGAGGGCCAGGUCUCUCUGUCUGUGCUGCUCAUCCACCCCAGUGAAGGGGUAUCAGCUCUCUGGAGUGCAAGGAACCAAGGCUAUGACAGGGUGAUCUUCAUUGGCCAGUUUGUCAAUGGCACUUCCCAAGUCUACUCUGAAUGUGGCCUGAUCCUAAACACAAAUGCUGAAUUGUGCCAGUACCUGGACAACAGAGACCAAGAAGCCUUCUACUGUGUGAGGCCUCAACAUAUGCCCUGUGCUGCACUCACUCACAUGUAUUCUAAGAACAAGAAAGUUUCUUAUCUUAGCAAACAAGAAAAGAGCCUCUUUGAAAGGUCAAAUGUGGGUGUAGAGAUUAUGGAAAAAUUCAAUACAAUUAGUGUCUCCAAAUGCAACAAAGAAACAGUUGCAAUGAAAGAGAAAUGCAAGCUUGGAAUGACAUCCACAAUCCCCAGUGGGCAUGUCUGGAGAAACACAUGGAAUCCUGUCUCCUGUAGUUUGGCUACAGUCAAAAUGAAGGAAUGCCUGAGAGGAAAACUCAUAUAUCUAAUGGGAGAUUCCACGAUUCGCCAGUGGAUGGAAUACUUCAAAGCCAGUAUCGACACGCUGAAGUCAGUGGAUCUGCAUGAAUCUGGAAAAUUGCAACACCAGCUUGCUGUGGAUUUGGAUAGGAACAUCAACAUCCAGUGGCAAAAACAUUGUUAUCCCUUGAUAGCAUCAAUGACCUAUUCAGUCAAAGAGAUGGAGUACCUCACCCGGGCCAUUGACAGAACCGGAGGAGAAAAAAAUACUGUCAUUGUUAUUUCCCUGGGCCAGCAUUUCAGGCCCUUUCCCAUUGAUGUUUUUAUCCGAAGGGCCCUCAAUGUCCACAAAGCCAUUCAGCAUCUUCUUCUGAGAAGCCCAGACACUGUGGUUAUCAUCAAAACAGAAAACAUUAGGGAGAUGUACAAUGAUGCAGAAAGAUUUAGUGACUUUCAUGGUUACAUUCAAUAUCUCAUCAUAAAGGACAUUUUCCAGGAUCUCCGUGUGAGUAUCAUUGAUGCCUGGGAUAUAACAAUUGCAUAUGGCACAAAUAAUGUACACCCACCUCAACAUGUAGUCGGAAAUCAGAUUAAUAUAUUGUUAAACUAUAUUUGUUAAAUAACACAAAAGUCUGAAAUUCAUUCACUUAAGUAAAAAAAUUUAUUGACUGUCUACUAGCAGGCCAGAUGCUAUGUUUGGCUCUGAAUUCCCAACUAGCAAGAGCAGAGAAUCUACAUUAUGGCUGAUCCAUAAGCCACCAAUUCAGCUAAAUGAGAUGUUUCUAAUCUGGGCUUGCACUUAAAAAUAAAUCUAAAAAUACUCAUGAAAAGAGCCUACCCUUCAUGAUCAGAGCCAUACCACUCUUCACCAAUGGGAAGUCAAGAUACCUAUGGGUAAAAGUCUCUGAUGCAUGAAAAUUCAGAGUGAUAAAGUAAUUUUAAAAUAAAUAUUUGGAGAAAGCA